AUGAUGUCGCGAAGCCUCCUCGUCGCCUUUGCUGCCCUGUCCUCACUGGCAGAGGCGCACAACUGCAGACCUACUGCUGCGUCCACUCUCAUCACCACCACCGCUGCGCCAACCACCACAACCGCGGAGGCCACCACCAGCACCACCGUCAGCGUCUGUACAGCGACCGAGACGCCCUCCCUCCUCGUCAAGAACGGCGACUUUGAAGGCCCACCCUCCGGCACCGAGCACUGGAGCCUCCUGCACAAGGACAACUCGUGGAUCAGCGUCGGCAGCAUCUCCAACGACUUCACCUACUCUCUCAGCUUCGGCACGGGCUCAUUCACCGACGACUACGUCUACCAGGAAAUUGACGCGGGCUGCAUUAUUCCCGAUACAGAGUACGAGCUCUCGGGAUGGGUUGGCUUCAACAAGGCUUCCUCGGUGGGCGAGAGCGGCUGCCACGACGCGCGACUGGCCUGCUCCUUUGGCGAGGACGGCGCCUUUGCGGGAUUGGGCGAUAAGCUUCAGGCGUCUGGCGCUGUCGAUUUUAAGCGCAUCACGGCGACUUGUCAGUGGACUGAGGAGCAGCUUGCGCAGGGACAUGCUCGUGUCUUGUUCAACUUUCGGUGCACGCAGAACUUUGGCUGGAUUGACAACGUCAAGUUUGACUUUAAAACAUAUGACCCCGUGAGACGCUGA